AUGUUAUUGCGUAUCUUCUUUUGCUUUAUAGCAUUUUUAUCUAAAUUAACAUUUGGAAAAAAUUUGCCAUAUGCUAACAUUGGAACAUUAAUUGGUCAUAUUAAUUUUAUCAUUCCUACACAGAAUCUAAUUAACAAUUUCAUUCUCCUUUCAAGUUUCAGUGGCAAUAUAGGGCUACUAAAUUACAAAACAGGCACACUAAAGUACGUGAAAAAUCAUAGGGAUAAUGAGAAAGUAAAAAAAUUACACGGGGAUGAUAAAUACGCGACUGUGUUAAUAUACAAAAAUAAUUUUGAGGAAGAUAGCAAAGGAAAUUAUACAAAGGAUGAAAAUGUAUAUUCCUAUAUUAAUGUGUAUGAUAUUGUGGAAUCAUAUUUAUUAAGCGUUUUUGAAUAUAAGAAUGAGAUAAUUGAAGAUUUUUUAAUUAAAGAGGAGAAAAUAUAUAUUCUGUUACAAAACAGAAUAGAUAUAGGUAAUAUAAAUGAUAGCUCAACUAUUUCUAUAAAUUUUAAGGAAUUAAAUUUAAAUUCAAUUUAUACAAAAAUUGUUGUGGUAAACGAUAACAAGAUAACGUUAUUUUAUGUAGAUACAAGUUUAUUUUGUUAUAUAGUAAAUAUUGAUGCUUUAAAUAAGACACUUGUAAAUUUGAACAAAAUUAAAGAGCUACAGAUAAAUGAUAAAAUCAAUAAUUAUGUUAGUGGGUCAAAUAGUAAUAAAAAUGUAAUAAUUAUAUAUAAUAAAAAAUAUUUACACUGGAUAGAAUUGUUAAGUGAAGAAAACAAAUAUUAUUAUAAUAAUGUGAUUAUAAAUGAUGAAAAUGAAAAUACAUUAUUUGUGAAUGAAAUAAAUGGAAAGAACAAAUUUAUAAUGGACGAUGGAAUGGAUCAGUGGAACACAGAAAAUUAUUUUGUUCUUAAUAUAGGCGGUAAUAUUUCUGUGUACAGUUACAACAGCGAUAAUAAGCAAAUGAAUGUAGUAGGAAAAAGAAAAAAAAAAAAUAGUGAAAUUGUAAAUCAUAAUGAGAAUGUGAACGAGCAUGUGAAUGGACAUGUGAAUGGGCAUGCGAAUGAAAUUGUAGGAUAUUAUAUUAACAAAAACCACAAAAAAGACUUCAUAUUUGCAGAGGAUAAUAAUGGAAAAAUACUUAUCAAAAAAGCAAAAAAAUAUACUGAAUAUAAUGAUGAUAAGGAAACAAACAAUGACAUAGUUAUUAAAGUGUUAAAUAAAAGUAACAAUGUACAUUAUAAUGGAGAAAUAAUUAUAGGCUUGUAUAAUAAGGAACAGAAUAUCGAUUAUUUUUUUAGUGUAUAUAAUGACUCCUCUUUUACUGUGUAUAAGAACAAUGAUGUUUAUUAUUCGAGGGAGGAGUCCUUAGCAUAUAUCGAACAAUUAUAUUUUUACAAUUUUCAGCAUUUGAAAAAAAAAAAAAAAAAAAAAACUAAAAAAUAUCCUUAUAGCACAAAAUUUCAUAUAAUAAAAGAGCUGGAGAAAUAUGUAAAGGAUAAAUUAAACUCUUUUAACAAAUCUUAUUUAGACGAAGUAAUGAAUAUAAAAGCAGAGUUAUCCCUAUUACCUUUCAAUUUUUUUUAUUUAUCAAAUGAGGAGAAAAUGAGUUUGUUAAAUAUUUGUAAGAAUAAAAAAUUAAAAAGUGAAUCCUUAAUUAAUUCUAAAAAAGGGGAAAAUACAAAUUUUGAUACCCAAAAUAGUGGUAAUUAUAAAUUUAAUUUGAUGCGACAAAUGCUUCAGGAUUCUUUUGAAAAAUAUGAACAUAAUCAUAGUAGCAAAUAUGCAGGUAGUUCAGUUGUACUUGUAUCUACUUGUAACAAUAUUAUAUUUGCUAUACAUUUAUACACAGGUCUGAUAUUAUAUAAAAUGGAUGGAAAUAUAUUAAAAGGAACAAAACAUAUAUUUUCUUUAAAAAGGCAUUUAUGCUCUUUCAGUUUUAGUAACCACAAUUGGGCCGAAAUAGAUAACGGGAAAAAGAUAAUAUUUUCAGAUAAUGCAAAUGAGAAUACAAAUAAUGAAAAGACAGCUAGUAGUACUGAUGAACAUAGUGGUAAGAGUACAUUAAAUUUAAGGAAUAAUGAAAUAUUCUUAUUUAAAAGCUUUUCAAAAGAUUCAGUAAUAACAAUAUUUAAAAGUAAUGAAUCUUCACACAUAGUAAUAUUUGACAUAUUAAAUGGGGAUAUUUUAUUUAAAAAAAAACUAGACUCCUUUGCAGUUGAAAAUAUUUUUGUGUAUAAAAAAAAUUCUUCAAUUAUAGCUGUUGAUAAUUUAUUGAAUACAAAAAUUAUGCAUGUGAAUGUGGAUAAUAGUGUAAUCGAAAAUAUAAAUGACGAAGAACUCUUUCUAUAUAGUAUAAAUAAAUCCAAAAAUUUUAUUCAAGGAUACAAAUUAAUUAAUUUGACAUUAUCAGAAAGUAAAAAAAGUGAAGUAGGUUUAAUACAAACAUAUUCCAUAAAGUUAAAUGAUGAAAAAAUUGAAGUUUUUUCAAAGACCUUAACAGAAAAAGAUUUGUUUUAUCCAAUUAAAAUAAAUAAAGACGCUUCCAUAUGUUAUAAAUAUAUCAAUGAUAAUAUUAUAUCCUACAUUACAAAGACUUUGUAUGAGAAGCGUUUUAUAUACUCACUAUAUAUAAUUGAUGGUAUUAGUGGUAGUCUUAUUUAUUCGAAAAUUUUAGAUAAAUAUGCACAUCCUCCCUUUCAUUUAGUAAUAAGUGAAAAUAUGGUUGUUUUAAAUUAUUAUAAUGUAAACCUAAAUAAAUAUAUAAUUCAAAUUUUUGAAAUAUUGUUAGAUAGGAAAGACCCAGGAUUUCUUAAUUUAAUAACAUCCAAAAAAGAAAAGCUUGUUGAUUUGUUUGACGAAAAAGAAAUUAUAGUUAAUGAAAAAAAUUAUGUCAUAGAUCAUAAUAUUAAAUCAUUUAAAUUUACAGAAACCAAGAGAGGUAUAACAAAUAAACAUAUUUUGCUUUUACUAGAUACUAAUAGAAUAGCUGCACUUAAUGUUGGACUAAAUGAAGAGGAUCAAAAUGUGUACAAAGAUUUAAAUACAUUUAUUACACAAACUGAUAUUUUAUAUAAUUCCAAAGGAUUUAUAUCCAAUGAAAGUUUAUUAGAAUCAACUACGCUUGUAUUUUCUUGGGGGAACUAUCUUUAUUUUACUUGUUACCAGCCUAAUGGAUCAUAUGAUACAAUUGAAAACUUUAACUUACUGUUACUAUUAUUUUUAAUUAUUUUAGUUUUUGUAGGAACAUACUUUUCUUAUAUUGUAAGAAUGAAUAAAGAAUUGUAUUCUAAGUGGGAAUAA